CAAUGCCUGCCAAUUCAGUUUGAACAAAGAGGAAGACGUGACCGUUCAUUGCUCAUAAGUAAGAAGAAGAGGAGGAGGAGGAGAACUUGGUCUUUUCCCUUCCCUUCUUCUUCUUCUGAUCAAAACCCAGAUUUCGAUUUCCAAAUCCAGUUCGAAGUUUGGAAUCGAAAUCCCAAAAAACAUGGAAGAAAACCGAAAUGAAAACCCCAAUCCGACGAGCCCACCACAGCCGCCGCCGCCGCCGCCCAAGAAGCCGCCGAUUCCGCCGUACGUGAAGGCCCUGUCGGGUUCGCUCGGCGGCAUCAUGGAGGCCGCGUGCCUACAGCCCAUCGAUGUCAUCAAGACCCGGCUCCAGCUCGACCGGACCGGCACCUACAAGGGAAUCAUCCACUGCGGCGCCACCGUUGCCCGCACCGAGGGAGUCCGGGCUCUCUGGAAGGGCCUGACCCCCUUCGCCACCCACCUGACCUUGAAGUACGCGCUUCGGAUGGGCUCCAACGCCGUGCUGCAGGGCGCGUUUAAGGACGCGGAGACCGGGAAGGUCAGCAACCAUGGCCGGCUCAUUUCUGGGUUCGGAGCUGGAGUUCUCGAAGCUCUCGUCAUUGUCACGCCGUUUGAGGUGGUGAAAAUUAGACUACAGCAGCAGAAAGGAUUGAGUCUUGGGCUUCUGAAGUAUAAGGGUCCUAUUCACUGUGCUCGUACGAUCAUUCGGGAGGAAGGUAUCCGUGGGCUUUGGUCAGGUGCUGCUCCGACUGUUAUGCGCAAUGGCACGAACCAGGCUGCCAUGUUUACAGCCAAAAAUGCGUUCGAUGUUCUCUUGUGGAAGAAACAUGAAGGAGAUGGGAGAGUCCUGCUGCCAUGGCAAUCUAUGAUAUCUGGUUUCCUUGCAGGCACAGCCGGCCCCAUUUGCACGGGUCCCUUUGAUGUUGUGAAAACGAGGCUGAUGGCUCAGAGCCGAGGUGUGGAUGGCAAGAACAAGGGCAUGAUUCAUGCGAUCAGGACAAUAUACGCAGAGGAAGGGCUUCUGGCUUUGUGGAAAGGACUCCUGCCUCGGCUCAUGAGGAUACCACCCGGGCAAGCCAUUAUGUGGACUGUGGCUGACCAAGUGAUAGGAUUGUAUGAGAAACGAUAUCUUCGUAAUGCACCCUUGUAGGGUAUCAUCAUUUCAUUGGUUUGCUUGUUCUGGUUUUCAAUUCCAUUGCAAUAAUACAUCCCCCAAUCAUCUUAAUUUAGCAGUUAGUGUUUCCUCUUUGAGUUUCUUCGGCUUCUCCAAAUGUACACCGGUUCUUUAAGACCUGAUCAGUAUUUUUGACGAUUGGUAGGAGAAUAGGCAACUUCUCAUCUUUAUAGAAAUAAACUCCAUUAUGUAGCAGUUAUGAUCGCAAGGAUGUCUCAAUGGAAAUCACAAUUUUUGUCUGUUCAAUUUA